CGGACAAGAAAGAGAAGAAGAAGAAGAACCCGGAAGCAGUCGUUGUUGUGUUCCCCGGCUUCUGGUCAGCAUGGCUCAAGCUACCUCUAAAUGCCAUUGCAGUGUGCCUCUGUGUACAUCUAGCAAACGAAAACAACCUUACUUAAGUUUCCAUGGCUUCCCACGUGACACCAUCGAACAGAAGAAGUGGAUUCAAGCAAUUCGCCGAGAGGAAAGCAAUGACUUCAAAAUACUACGAGGGAGUACGUUCGUGUGUAGCCGACAUUUCAAUGAAUCAGACUAUUCUGAAACCAGCUUGGAAGGUGCUCGCAAGAGGCUGAAAUUCAGGAAAGUCCCUAGUUGUUUUCAAUGGAAUAACUGGGGGGUAUUUCGAGGGGAGUCUGCACAUGAUGGAGUGACAGAGCAUUCAGAUCAGGACCCUCCUCCCUACAUUUCAAAGACAGAGAGCCGGAGUGAGGUCUCAUUUGCAGCAACAUCUGGAGGUGAUCAUAACUACGCCUAUGUUCCUCCUAUAGAUGGACCGGAGCCUGAGUCAGUGCACAUGCAGCGGUUAGAAGUAGAGGACCAGAAGCUGGAAACAGAGCUCACACUGAAAGUGGACCAUUUGCUUUUCCACAAGUUUUGUGUCUCAAAUGAUGAUAUCCGCUUUUACACAAAGUUUCCUUCGAAAGAGGUUUUUCAUGCUUUCUGGGAGGCUGUUCAUCCAUCCGCAUCCACACUGAUACACUGGUCCAAAGCACAGAAAAAGGGUCACAUGCUUUCUUUCGCUUCACCCAGCCCACAGCACACAUUGCAGUUAAUUGAUGAGUUUUUCCUGUACUGUUGCCAUGUCGCCGCAGGCCUUAAAGAGGAGGUGCUCGCUGAGAUAUUUCAGGUCAGUAUAAACACGGUGUACCGCAUUGUUAAAACGUGGGCUAAUUACCUCUACUUGAUCCUUGGCUCUGUGCCCAUCUGGAUGAGCAGGCAUCAAGUGAGCUCCACCAUGCCUCUCAAAUAUAAACAUUAUAGUCCAGAAAUGAGGGUGAUCAUUGACUGCACAGAGGUGCAAUGCCAAAGCCCCUCGUCCCACUCUCUCCAGUCAGAGGUUUCCUCAAGCAACAAAGACGCUGCAACCUUCAAGGGGUUAAUUGGGAUUGCCCCGUGUGGCACUGUGACUUUUGUAUCCAGUCUUUACACUGGCUCAAUCUCAGAUGAAGAGCUCACUGAACGGAGCGGACUCCUCGACUUGCUGGAGCCUGGUGAUGGCUGCAUGGCAGAAGGAGGGUUCACCAUUGAAAAGAUGCUGGCUGACUGCGGUGCAACACUUAUCACGCUCCCCUCUAACACCACAGUGCCGCUAAGCGCAGAAGACGCUCUGAAAACUCAAGCCAUAGCUCAGCUACGAAUUCUUGUUGAAAGAGUGAUCAGUAGAGUCAAAGAGUAUCACAUCUGGGACAACACCGUUCCUCUGACUCUGUUUGGGACAGUCAACGAGCUGUGGACCAACUGCUGCCUGAUGACCAACUUCCAGGGACCACUUGAUUAGAGAGGCCACAGACCUGAUGCAUAGAGAACUUUAGAGUAAUGUGGUAUGAUGAAAUGAUACAUUUAUUCAGGUUUUGUACGUAAGAAAAAAAUUGAUAACUUUAUUUCACUGGAGUAUUUCUAUUUAGUGCUAAUUCUUUGAGCAAACAAUAAUCUGUUAUUAAUUGAUUAUUCAAUUAAAUGCCGGCUAUUUAUAUAAUUAAUCAAUGGCAUUUAAUUGUGAUUGAGAAAGUAGUUGGUUGUAAAAACCAUCAUCAGUUGGAGCACUACUUCUACUCCACUCCAAAUGCUGUUUUCAUCACAAACAAGAUGUUCUCAUGAUAUGAUGCAAUACUGUACUAUUAUACAGUAUUAGAGUAUUGAAACUGACUUCACCAUAAUAACUAAAUAUUUUUUACACAUUGAGUGAUGAAAAACAGUGAUUGUUUCAAAUCAUCACCUUUUUAAUGGUCCAACUGUGCAAACAAAGUACUUUUGUUACAUAAUGUACAUUGUUUUGAUAGUGCUGCUGGACUCUAAAUUUUAAAAUUACAAGUUAAUAAUUUGAGUAAUAUUUCCACCACUGCCUUUAGAUACACAAACAAGUUUGACUCUACGAUACUUGUUUAUUUUUAUGAAAUUUUGAAUACCACAGUAACACAAAUACAACCUUGUUCUAGUUACUGGACUUGUUUAUGUACAGAACUUUUGUUCCUUUAAUAAAACACUUAAAACC